CCGCUGGUGGCGGGGCGGGGCGCGCGCGCGUGUGCGUGCGUGCGUGGGGGCACCUGUCCCGCCGGAGCGGGCGCGUUCCCGGCCCCGUUCCUCUGCCCGCCGGGAGCGCGCAGGGAAGGGCGCCACCCCGCGGCCGGCGGAAUCCGGCGUGAGGGGGAAGCGGCGGGCCGGGCUGCUUGCAGGCGUUCCACCUGCGGCUCGGGACCGGGCGGCGCUGCUUGGCCUGCCUCGGGGAGGUGCCGCCUUCUCCUCUUCCCCCCACGCCGGGGCUUCGCUUCAGCUUGGUAAUUCCCGGCGGCGACCCCACGGCGGUUACCGGGCAGUGGCAGCACUUCGUCUUCGCUCUUGGGACUUCCGGCUUGAGAUCAGUGUGCUUGUAUUGAUUUUUCCAAUGAAGUACAUCCUGGUAACCGGUGGUGUCAUCUCGGGCAUUGGCAAAGGGAUCAUUGCAAGCAGCAUUGGCACCAUACUGAAAUCGUGUGGUCUACGUGUCACUGCCAUCAAAAUUGAUCCUUACAUAAACAUAGAUGCUGGAACCUUUUCACCAUAUGAACAUGGUGAAGUUUUCGUAUUGAAUGAUGGUGGAGAAGUUGACUUAGAUUUGGGAAAUUAUGAGAGAUUUUUGGACAUCAAUCUCUAUAAAGAUAACAAUAUCACGACUGGAAAGAUAUAUCAGCAUGUCAUUAAUAAAGAAAGACAUGGUGAUUACUUGGGAAAAACUGUUCAAGUUGUUCCACACAUCACUGAUGCAGUUCAGGAAUGGGUAAUGAAUCAGGCAAAAGUUCCGGUGGAUGAUGACAGAAAAGAGCCACAAAUUUGUGUGAUUGAGCUGGGUGGAACCAUUGGAGACAUUGAAGGAAUGCCAUUUGUUGAAGCUUUUAGACAGUUUCAAUUCAAAGCAAAAAGAGAGAACUUCUGUAAUAUCCAUGUUAGUCUAGUACCACAGCCUAAUGCAACUGGUGAACAGAAGACAAAACCGACACAGAACAGUGUUCGAGCACUGAGGGGUCUAGGCUUGUCUCCAGAUUUGAUUGUCUGCAGAAGUGCAAAACCUAUAGAAAUGGCAGUGAAGGAAAAGAUUUCCAUGUUUUGCCAUGUGGAACCUGAGCAGGUGAUAUUUAUCCAUGAUGUUUCAUCCACUUACCGAGUACCAAUCCUGUUGGAGGAGCAAGGCAUCAUUAAAUAUUUUAAACAGAGGUUAAAUUUACCUAUUGAUGACCAGCCAAGUGAUCUUCUAAUGAAAUGGAAGAAAAUGGCUGACAGAUAUGAACGGUUGCUGAAGGUGUGUUCCAUAGCUCUCGUUGGCAAGUACACAAAACUAAGUGAUUGCUAUGCUUCUGUUUUCAAGGCUUUGGAACACUCUGCGCUGGCAAUUAAUCACAAGCUGGAUUUAAUGUAUAUAGAUUCUACAGAACUUGAGCAUUCUACAGAAGUGGAGAACUCGGUGAAAUACCAUCAGGCAUGGCACAAACUUUGCAAAGCAGAUGGCAUUCUGGUCCCAGGAGGCUUUGGAAUUCGCGGAACUGAAGGGAAACUCCAAGCUAUUUCCUGGGCAAGAACAAAGAAAAAACCUUUUCUUGGAGUUUGCCUGGGAAUGCAAUUAGCAGUUGUGGAAUUUGCAAGAAACUGUUUGAAUUGGAAAGAUGCAAAUUCUACAGAAUUUGACUCAGACACAAAAAACCCUGUUGUUAUUGACAUGCCAGAGCACAAUCCUGGAGAUAUGGGUGGAACAAUGAGACUGGGGAAGAGAAAAACUGUUUUCAAAACACAAAAUUCUGUGUUAAGGAAACUUUAUGGUGAUGAAACAUUUGUAGAGGAGCGACACAGACAUCGAUAUGAGGUGAACCCAGAAUUGACUCACUGCUUUGAAGAGAAAGGUUUGAAAUUUGUUGGCCAUGAUACGGAAGGGAACAGAAUGGAAAUUAUUGAACUGGAGAAUCACCCAUAUUUUGUGGGAGUUCAGUUCCACCCAGAGUUUUCCUCAAGACCUAUGAAACCCUCACCUCCAUACCUUGGACUGUUGCUUGCAGCAACUGGGACACUCAAUGCAUACCUGCAACGUGGAUGUAAAUUGUCUCCAAGUGACAGCUACAGUGACCUCAGUGAUGAUAGCUCUCCAGAAAAAGAGUUUCCUAAUUCAGAAGCAAGCUGAAAUGAUUGUAUGAGAUGACAGAAAUGGAUGAUGCUGGUGAGAAAGUUGGAAAUGAGAUAAUAUUGACCAGAAGAAAGUAGAAGAGUAAGCUGCUUAUGGUUCUCAUAGUGCCUCCUCCUAUACUGUUUUCAAUAACUCUCUUUACAGAUGACAACUUUACUCUGCUAUAGCAAAAACUAUUCUGUAUAAAUACUGUUUCUCUUUAAAAAUGACAAAAUGGUUGUGCUAAACUUAGUUGUUAAUCAUUAUUGAUCUUGUCUUAUAUUCCAGAGUGGUCUCAGGUGAAUACAUAGUUGACAACUGUUCUUGAUUUGAAGGAAGGUUUUUGUCUAUUUUCAGUUUGCCCUAGAACAGGAAGAUAAAAUGCAUUAAUUCUUGUGAAUGAGAGGGAAUGCUUUACAAUAUCUAAGAGAAGGUUGUCUUACCCAUAAGCAAUAGAGACCUCUUUCAUGUUACCCUGUUAAGCUUGUUGUAUAUACAUAUUUUUUUACUCUUUUGCUGUGCAAUGUGUACAAAUGAGAAAUUGUUGCUGUAUUUCAGUUCUUUGUGAUUAUAAUAAUUGAUUUUGAAUACAUGUCUUUUUGCUUUGGUUUUAUAAGUGAUUUCACUUUACAAAAGUUCAAAGUUAUUUGCUCUAUUUCUCCUGAAGGUUUGAUAGUAUUGAACACAGUUUUGACCUACAAAAUUACAGAAGAGAUACUAGAAGGCAGUUCUGUAUUUUUAUUUUGUAAGAGAGACGGUAAAUACACUUAUGUUAAAAUGUAAUUUGAACACUUGUAUGAAAGUUGUAGAAGAACCAGUCAUAAACCUGGAACAUUAUCUGGGCUCCAGCUGUGCGACACCCAGUUCAUGUCAGUAAAUUAAUAUAAAGGUGAAUUAAGGUUCACUGUUGUUUUCCCUUAUCCACUGCAUGGUCACGACACUCAUCCCCCAAUGGAAUAGAGUGAUGUAUUUUAAUUUAGAAAUCAUAAGUUAUUCUACUGCACAACAAUUGCAGGCACCCCUGCAGAGCCAGAACUGCAGCCCCUUAGCAGUGUGGCAUCAUCAGACCUGUCACAGAAGAUGAACCUGAGCUAUGGAACUAGUGGGCUCCAAAUGCCUGGGGCAUCCUUUCCCAUAAAGAAAAUUUCUAAGUUUUGAGCUUUGUGUUUCGUUUUGGUUUUGGGCAAAAUGUCUUUUUAAUUCAUCUGAAGGUAUUUUGUACCUGUACAAAACCAGAAAGCACCAUGUCCCUUAUUACAGCCUUGUAGAACCGUAAGUUUAAAAGCUUUGCAUUGCUUUAGAAGAUCUCAGGUUACACAGCCAAUUUAUCUCUUCAUGAAAAGAAGCUUAAAUGGUAAUGAAACAUAAAACAUAUUCCUACGGUGAUGUUUAUCUGAAGUGAAUUGCAAAUGCGUGCCUUAGAAAUAGCAGGUGUCGACAGAAUUGGUGUCACUGUAUGUCCUUUCCAAUGAGAGACAUUGGUCACUGGUUUGUGGAAGGUGAAGCAUUUCCUAAGAUUGUCUGUAAUGUGCAAAAUGUAUUUUCAAAUGUAUUAAAUUGGAUUAUUCAGAAGUGCUUAGAUGCUGUGUUAAAGAAUCAUUGUGCCAAUCGUGGACUGUGGUGUCACAGAAGGAGUUUUUCUUUUAGUUACAUCCCAGUUGUAUUGUCUACAUGAUGCAUCAAAAGUAACCGACGGGACAAAAAGACAUGCAUCCUGGAGGGAAGCUGGAAACAGCACCUUGAUGUUCCAGUGUCCUUACAAAUCCUCUUCCUGCCAACUGUGCUACACAAAGCAGUAUCCUGGAGACAAACACAUCACUGCCACUCGGGAUCCAUUUCCUAUUUGAGCUGCCAGAAGCAGCAACAUGCCAUUUCCAAAACGGAAGAAGGCAAAUGAGCCUUUUCCAGCUAAAUCCUGGGCUGCAUUCGGUGAUCCUUCCCCUUCAUUCAGUCAAUCAGUACAAGAGAUACAUGGGCAUACUCAAGGGAGUCCAGUGAAUAUCACUAAGGUGGUUGAAGGACUAGAUGUGGGGAAAGGCUGAGAACAUAUUGAUUUUGGCUGGGAGAGAGUAAAUUUUCUUCACAGUAAUCAUUAUAGGACUGUUUUAGUUUUGGGCAGGAAAGAGUGCCAAUAACAUGGGGAUGCUUUUGUUAUUGCUGAGCAGCAUUUGCGUGCUAUAAAGGCCUUUUCUGCUCCUCACUCCAGCUCACCAGCGAGUGGGCUGUGAGAGGGCAUGAGAAGCUGUGAGGGAACACAUCCAGGCCAGCUGACCCCAACUGGGACCAAAGGGACAUCUGUAGAUAUUGAACAGGUACCAUAGAACAUCAUGCUCAGCAUAGACAGCUGGAGGGAAGAAGAAGGAAGGGAGGAUGUCUGGAAAUAUGACACUUGUCUUCCCGAGUCACAGUUACGUGUGGUGAAGUGGUGGUUUCCUUAAGAUGGCUGAACACCUGCCUGCCAGAGAUAACACUGUCCAGCCUAGAGAAGGCUCAGAGGGGAAGGGGGUUAGAUCUCAUCCAUGUGUAUAAAUACCUGAAAGGAGAGUGCAAAGAGGAUGGAGUGAGGCCCUUCUCAAAGGUAUCCAGUGACAGGACCAGAGACAAUGAACAUAAACUGAAAUGGUAGGCUCCAUCUCUAA